CCUGCGCACGCGUUGGACUCUGGCGAGCAACUCCAGAGCCCGCUCGCGACCGUCGCCUCCCGGCCCGGCCAUGGGCUGGCAGGAGGGAGGCGCAGGGCGCGGGGGCUGCGUGGGCCGCUAGCCGGCCUCCUUCGCCUUCUAGCCCCCGCUCCAGUCCUCCAAGGGCUAGGCGACGGCCACUUCCUCGCCCAGACGGCGCCGGGGAGCAGAGGAUCUGCGCUCUGGUCUCCAGGAUGUGCCCGUCUGAGAUGGGGACGCUGUGGCACCACUGGUCCCCCGUGCUCAUCAGCCUGGCCGCCCUGCUCUCCAAAGUGGCUGAGAGCCGCGGGGUCCUCGACAGCAUCCAGAGGUUCUCCCUGCUGCCCACCUACCUGCCGGUGACCUACCAUAUCCACAACGCCGACGUCUCCUUCUUCCUCAAGGAGGCCAACCAGGACGUGAUGAGGAACUCCAGUCUGCAGUCCAGGGUGGAAUCCUUUCUCAUCUACAAAGCCAAGAGGCUGCCCGUCCUCAACGCCAGCUACGGGCCCUUCUCCAUCGAGCAAGUCGUGCCCCAGGAUUUAAUGCUGCCUUCCAACCCCUUUGGAUUCACCAGCAAGUUUUCACUCAACUGGAAACUGAAAGCCUACAUCCUGCGGGACAAAGUCUACCUGAGCCGGCCCAAAGUGCAGGUUCUGUUCUACAUCGUGGGCCGAGACUGGGAUGACCACAGUGCCACAGAGAAGCUGCCGUGCCUGCGGGUGUUUGCUUUCCGAGAGACCCGGGAGGUGCGGGGCAGCUGCCAGCUGAGAGGGGAGCUGGGGCUGUGUGUGGCCGAGCUGGAGCUGCUGCCCGGCUGGUUCAGCACCCCCAUGGUGGUGGCCGGGAGGAAGAAGGCGGCGGAGCAGCCAGACGGGAGCCCGGUGGAGCUCUACUACACCGUGCGGCCGGGGGACGAGCGUGGGGACUGUGCCAAGGGCGACUCGAGGACCAGCAGUGGCCUUCGGACGGGCCACAGUGACAUGGAUGAAUCCAGCCCACCCCUGCAGAGAAUUGGAAGUGUAUUUCUCUACCAGACCCAGAGCCCACCCUCCCUGCGAGAACUGCGCUUGGACAACAACGUGGCUGUCCACUAUCUGCCUCGGAGCGUCAGGCAAGGGGACGUGCUCACUUUCCCCAUUUCCGUCUCCAAAAACUCCACGGAAGACCAUUUCACACUGAGGGCCAAGGUGAAGAAGGGCGUGAGCAUCGUUGGGGUGCGAGCCAGCAGCCCCUCCAUCUGGGACGUCAGGGAGAGCACGGAUCACACGGGGAGGCACGCGCCAGCUGUCAUCGUUUGCCGGAAGAAACCUGCUGCCUCGGAAAGCAGGUGA